AAACUAUAUAUAUAGCUCUUAUUCAUGCUUAACAGACAUGAUUUUACCCACACCAUUUAUUAUUAGCUAGAGAUAAACACUAAAAUAAUUUUUGUUUACAGUGAAAAAGAUUUUACAAUAAUUUCACCAUGACAACACCAGCACCUAGAAGACAAAGGGAGCAGAACUCUGUUUGGCUGUCCCAGAUCAUAAGGGGAGAUAAAUCUGUUGAAAAUGAGACAAGCAUCCAAAUAAACUUGUGCAGAUUUUCAUUUCGUGCUUGCAAGUUGAAAAAAAUAUCAAAUCAUUGUACAAAGAAGAUGUCUUUACUAUCUGAGUGUACUUGUGCAUAUAAGCAUGAAUAUUUCAUGUAUGUGAAAGAAGAUCGUACAAUUGACAACGAUAUGUUCAAUAAAAUUAUAACUUCUGUCCGGACCGGUCGCUGUCCACAUGCAUUACCAAACAAAUCAACCUCAGAAUCGUCUGUAACAGCGAAACAUGCCUUUGCUGCCACAGGAAAUUCUGACAUGAUUAUGGCAGAAACUACUUUUGUGCCAACAUCAUGUUUUGGUAUAACACCUUACCAUGUAGCUGCUGUACACAAGCGAAUUUCCGCCAUUCAGAAACUGAGUAACAUUUACAACUUCUGCACAUUACAGUAUCCGACAAAAAUUGUAGAAAAUGAAAAUGGAGUAAAGUUUGACUUGAUAGCAACAAAUGCUUUAAAACUUUGUAUUGACAGAGAUGAUACGUUAACGUUAAAAACAAUUCUGGGAGGUGUCACAAAUGCCUAUCAGUAUAAUUCGCCCAUUCUCUAUGCAAUACAUCAAGGAAAGACAAACCCUCUAGAAGUCCUGUUAACCUCCUACAAUGAAUAUAUGAAUAUUUUCUCCUUGAGACAAGAAGACAGUUUUCAAGGUACACUGUUUGCUGUGUUGAGCAAUACACCAGAGACUUUAGCAAUAGUUUUAGAAAACCUAAAUAUUCACACCGCUUUCAUUCUCGAUGACAAUUUCACACUGGCAGACCUGGCACGAUCUUUGGGGCAUUUAAAGUGUCUUGAAAUUCUUGAAAAUUGGCAAAAAUUGCAAACAGCAAACAAUGAACAUGAUUUGAGUCGAGAAAUCAAAGUAGGAGGCAAACAUAAUGUGGUGUCACCAAUAUGUACAAUAUUAUUUAAACUUAAAUUUCACAACCUUCGUCAAUUUAAAACAGUAGAACUGUGCAAUGUGCUGGAGAAGCUAGUGAAGCAUGGGUAUGACAUCAACCAACACGGCGAAGGUGGCAAAACUGCUCUACAUUAUGUGUGUGGUCCAGGUCCUUUCUUUGCCAUACGAGUUCAUUUCACGUUAUUAACACUAGGUGCAGACAUAAAUGCCAAGGAUUCUGCUGGAGAGAUACCCUUGUUUCAUAUUCUUCAUGACUUAGAAAUCCGGCAAUUUUACAAGAAAGACUGUCUUAAAUGGUUUAUCCGAAUGGCUCUCUAUCAUAACCCAGUAAGGUCUAAUGUAAGCCACUGGGGAGCAUUGUCUGAUCUACAUCAGUUCAAAGGUCUUGACAACAUCUAUGAAGGUCUUUGUGAAGACUUCCUGGAAUGUGGUUUUGUACCUAAAGGUAACACAGAAGUGAGACCUCUGCAGAAGAUUUGUCGCGACUCUCUCCGGCAGGCAUUUCCUGGAACAGGUCUACACAGACUUGUGCAAGAGACAGAAAUACCGUCAUCUUUCAAAGAUUUCAUUCUGAUGACAAGCAGGUUUGACUGGAAACCCCAUCUAGAGCUUCAUAAAUAAAGGCAGGGGCAGAACCCCCAUCUAGAGCUUCAUAAAUAAAGGCAGGGACAAAACCCACUUCAAGAGCUUGAUAAUUAGAACUCAGCACGUCUGCUUAAAUUUACAAACAGAAUAAAUUUAUGUGUGAUAAAAAACAGUAUUAUACAUCUUUAAUGCAUACUUUCAUUCACACAAUGUAAACAAUUAAUGUCUGUUAAAGAAAAUACAUUGUAUUAUUUCAAAACUUUAAUGUAUGUUACUGAAACUCAUAUUAUACCAUGAAUUUUUGCAUCUGUUGCACUAUGUUACAUAUAGUACAGAUUAAAGGCAGUUACGAAUUUGAA